AUGGGGUGCAUGAACAGCAAGCCGAAGAACAGUGCGCAGCCUCCCAGCACAGCGCGAUACAACGAGCCCAACUACACAGGUCUCACGCACACGAUGGACAACGGCGGCUUCUCGGGCCAGCCGCCGCGCCGCCCGUCCACGCAGUCCACGACUCGCAAUCCGCGCUCGACCGCAGGCGCGUCGACUGUCAGUAGCAGCCGCGCGGCCUCGGACAAGUGCUUUCCCGAGCUCGUCCAGUUCCGACUGGAAGAGAGCGAAGUGCUGCUGACCCGCAAGGUCUCGAGCGGCGCUUUCGGCGUCGUGUGGCUCGGCCACUACCACGGCCACCCCGUGGCCGUGAAGCGCAUGAUUGACGGCGAAGACGAGGCGAUCUCCUUUGCGCGCGAGAUUGAGACCAUGUCGAGACUGACGCACCCGAAGAUUGUCCGCUUCAUUGGCUGCACGUGGACCAACAAGAAGGAUCUGGGCGGCGUGUCGGAGUACAUGGACGGCGGCGACGUCCGUACACUGCUCGAGACCCGCAAGGUCGAGCUCAGCUGGCAGAGGGAAAAGAUCUCCAUCGCCAUUGACAUUGCUGAGGCUCUUGCGUACAUGCACUCGCGCUCGCCGAAGGUCAUUCACCGCGACCUCAAGUCACGCAACGUGCUGCUGAACUCGGACAUGGUGGCCAAGUUGAGCGACUUUGGCCUCAGUCGAAACCGCUCGUACGAGGAGACGCUGACGGCCGGUGUGGGCACCGUCCGCUGGACGGCCCCCGAGGUGAUGCUGGGCGACAACUACAGCGAGCAGGCCGACGUGUACUCGUUUGGUGUGGUGCUGAGCGAGCUCGACACGCGCGAGAUCCCCUUCGAGGAAAAGAGCAGCAGAACAGGCGCGAGCGGUGCGCCGGACAUGGCCAUUGUGAUCAAGGUAGCCAAGGGCGAGCUCCGACCAAGCUUUGCGCCAGACUGCCCCGACGUUAUCCUGCGUAUCGCACGCGCGUGCCUGCAGUUCGACCCGGCACUCCGUCCGGAUAGCGAAUCGGCUGUGCAGAUGCUGAAAGAUGCGCGCGCACAGCUCCAGUCGACGUCAUAG